AUGAAGACAACCACUCUAUCGAUGAUCCUCUUGGGUCUUUUCACCGCCGUCCAAGCUGGCCAGAACUGCAAAUGCCAGGACGGCAAUGGUCAAUACAAUGACCUAACAGAACAGUGCUGCAAGCUGCACGCCUGUGGCAGUGGUGCAGCGGGAACGAGCAGCCACUACCCAGGGCCUAACCACCAAUGUUCUGCCGAGGGCACAAAUUGUCUCGAUUCCGGCGCCUUUGUUCAGUGCUGCCAAAUGCUCGGCGUCGGGGGUGCUUACUGCUGGAACUAG